GAGAAUGAUGAAUUGCUAGGUGGGAUGUUUUCUUUCUCCGAGGAAGGUUGAUUCAUAGCCUCCCGGAGGAGAACUGCCGAAUGCAUGUUAUUUACAGAAUCAUUGCUUUCCAAAUAUUGUGAAAAUGGUUUUCGAUUAAUUACUGAAGGUAAUAGUGAUUGCAUCCGUCAAGAAUCACAGUGCAAGUGUUUGCAAUACUGUGCAUAUGAGCGGGGUGCAUGUUUAUGUCAUAACAAGCCAGUGUAUGUGAUCGAUCUCUCUCAUGUACAUUUUGUAGAUGAAAGUUUAUAAUUCACGGAGGGUCUAGCAUGGGUCCGGAGGAUUAAGUUUCCGACUCUUGGAAGAAGUAGGUUUGGGGUUUUCACUGCCUAGUCUUUUCUUUCAAGCUGCCUGUAGAGCCAUAUUUCAAUUUCGGUAUUGAUUAAGUUCUCUCCAAAUUGUAUAAAUAUUUUAUCUUCAAAAAUAGAAAAAAAAAAUGUGGAAAUGGAAAGGGAUGAAAGUACGUUUCGAUCGCAAUUUUUUUUAUUAUUUAUAUUUAUUCUUCA